AUUUUGGCUCAAAACAAAGUCAUGUUUUUACUGCUGUGCUGGUAGUGACCUUUCUGAUCAUAUCGCAUCCUACAACACUCUCCUUCACGCGGAACCUAUGCUCUCCGGCGGUCCGGGGGCCAAGUUUCUGGCUUGAGCCGCCCUGAUUCACGGCGUCUUCCGGACGGACAUACCUUACAAGUUUCAGGAAUCCCGCUGCUUAGGAGUCCUGCACAGCGGGCUGGCAGAGACGGCCCAGCAAUGGGAGGAUGCUCGGCUCCGAACUGCUCCAACUCCACCACCAUCGGCAAGCAGCUCUUCCGCUUCCCCAAGGACCCGGUACGCAUGAGAAAAUGGGUCAUAAACUGCCGGCGCGACUUCGUGCCCACGCCGUGCUCCAGACUCUGCCAGGACCACUUUGAGGAGAGCCAGUUUGAGGAGAUUGCCAGGUCCCCGGCAGGAGGCCGCAAGCUGAAGCCCAACGCCAUCCCCACACUGUUCAACGUUCCCGACCCCCCAUCACCCAUCAGCCCGGUGGUGAGCGGGCCACUCAAGCGAGAGCAGGGAGAAAAGGAGCAGAAUCUGGGCGACCACGGCUACGCCCGCAGGCAGCCCAAAAGCGAGGCGGAGGAGGCUGAGGGUGGGGGUGGCGGGGCCCAGCGGCAGGACGUGGAGCGUGCCUGUGCUCAGUGCCAGCAGUACAAGGCACAGCUGGAACAGCAGCAGCUGCACACGGCCCGGCUGCAGAAGGAGGCCGAGGAGAUGAGGAAGAAGCUCCACAAGCUUAACAAAAUGGAGAAAGGUCUGCAGAUGUUCCUGUUCGAAGACCAGAUCCGGGCUCUGACGCUGGCUAAGCGCUCGCGCCGGGCCGUGUGGUCCCAGGACACAGUGCUGACUGCCCGCAAGAUCCGCUGCGCCGUGGGCGUGAAGGGAUACGAGUUCCUGCGUGACCUGGGCUACCCACUGCCCUCCUACAGAACCCUCUGCAACCGGCUGGAGCCCAAGAUCAUGGUGCCCAGCACCAUGCAGGAGGAGCUGGUGGAGCUCGGCCUGGGCAUCAUCUCCACCUGUGACAGUCCCGAGGACAAUGGGACUGGCGACGAGGCACUUCUGGGGGUGAUGUCGUAACAGAGCAGCUGCCGUCGCUUCCAGGACUAAUGCCGUGUCGAGGGCCAACGCCAGGAUUGGUCGCGGGGACGGUGAUGCGCUCAGCGGAGAUCUCGCUUGUGCCAUUCGCAUGCGGAAGCAGUUCCCCGGUCUCUAAACGAUAGUAUUCCUGCUUAAAGGAUAUUUUUGUAUGGGGGAACAUUUUGUGUUCUCUGGGGGUCUCUGAUGGGUCUCCUUUCAUUUCAUUUAUAUGAAUUAAAAUUUCAAGUCUUCA